ACGUCACUUCCGGUCAUUGUGUCACUUCCUGCUGGACCCGCCUGGGCUGGGCGGGCGGAGCCAACGGGACCUGCUGGGACAGAGACAUGAUGGGCCCCCGGGGCAGGAGGGCCUCCACCUCCUGGUGGCUUCUCCCUCUGGCCUCUCUCCUGCUGCCUUGGGCCGUGGCCUCCAUGGCCCCUCUGCCCAUCCCCACCUUGACCAUGAAACCCGACCACCAGUUCUUCUACGAGGAGGAGGAGGUGGCUUUGACCUGCUCAGCUCCAGCUCCAACCCGUGGGACCAUCAAGACCUUCAGGUUCCUCCAACCCAACGGAGAAGAAACCGAUCUCCCAGCCCUUCUCUUCUUCCCUCCUCCCAGAGGUCUUCUCCAGCUCUGGGCCAACAGCAGCUCCAACGGGACCUACACCUGCCUCUACCUCCUGGAGGAGCCUGGAGGAGAGACCUGGUCCAAUCAGAGCCUCCCUCUGGACAUCCAGGUCCAUGCUGCUCCUCAGGCUCCAGCCUUCUCCCUGGUUCCUCAGCAGCUCCUCUACGCCCCUGGCCAGGAGGUCCAGCUCUUCUGCUCCGUCCCUUCCUCCUCCCCAGAGCUGCCCGCCCAGGUCCAGUUCUUCUCCACCCGGGGCUUGGCCAUCACCAUCAUCACCAGCAGGAAGCAGAACCAGACCCACCCCCACACCCUCCCAGGAGAAGGCCUCUCAGCCUCCUACAGCUGCUCCUAUUUCCUGCUCCUCUCCAACCGACUCGUCAGCUCCCAGAGGAGCCCCUGGGUGCGGGUCCAGAUCCAAGGCCCCAAGAGCAGCUGGAUCCGAGAGGUGGUGGUUGGAGGCUCCUUCUUCGUCAUCAACGGCCUCAUCUUCAUCACCUCCCACCUGCUGAUGAGGAGAAGAGAAGACCCAGCCCACGCAGAAGCUCCUCCUGCUCCUCCUGCUUCCCCCCGGGAGGGGCUCCAGGCCCACCCACCAGGAGGAAAAGCCCCUCCAGGUUCUCCAGGUCCUUCUCCAUCCACCUGAGCUCACCCCACCACCUGUGUCCCCCCACCCCGGGCUUGUCCCAAUAAAGCUGGGGGUGGUGGUUGAGGGUUGGUGGGACUUCCACGGUGUCUCCGUGGGGGCUGCUCCACCUGCCCUGGGGUCUCCCCACCUUCCCCUCCCGCCUGGUCCUGUCUCCUCAUCUC